AUGCCAUUAGUGGAGUUUGCUUAUAAUAAUAGCUACUAUGCGAGCAUUGGAAUGGCUCCAUAUGAGGCUUUGUAUGGCAAAAAAUGUCAAUCUCCGCUAUGUUGGUAUGAAACUGGAGAAAGAAGUUUACUAGGGCCUGAGAUGAUAGCUGAAACUACUGAACAGAUAAAGAAGAUUCGUAGCCGAAUGCUUAUAGCCCAAAGCCGUCAGAAGAGCUAUGCUGAUCAAAGGCAAAAGCCUUUGGAGUUUGAAGAAGGAGAGCAUCUCUUUCUUAAGCUUCGGAAGUAUACUCUUGACGCGAGUCAUGUUCUAGAACAGGAACCGAUUCAGGUAAGAGAAGAUCUAACACUUCCAGUAAUUUCGGUGAGAAUUGAUGACACCAGCGUCAAACGAUUACGCGAGAAGGAAGUAUCAUUGGUAAAGGAUAGAACUCAUCAAAACGAGAAUUUUGACACUAAUUUUGAGGAAAACGGUCCAAGAUUGGACCGAAUGGGCCAAACCGGUUGA